AUGUACACCUUGCCUCUCUCCGCAUUCCUCGAGCUCGUCGAGCUUUCUGCGCACGAGGACAUGAUGAAAGCGAAGUGUCUCACUGUCUUCGACGAGAGCAUGGGAAGGGCAAUGUUUAUUUCACACCAGUGGCUGGCGAAUCGACAUCCUGAUCCCAACGGCGAGCAACUUCAGGUUUUGCAAGAGGCUCUGCGAAAUCUUAUUGCUGGGGUGGCCCAAGUGAGCCAACCGGUUCAGUCAGAGCUAUUUCACGGUCGUAUGCCAUGUCCAACAGCAUCGGAGCUCAAAUCCACGCCUCUCUACGUCUGGUACGAUUUCUUGUGCUGCCCGCAAGAUGCAUCUGAACGCGCAAGUCGUCAUCGUCAGCGUGCGAUUGGCAGCAUACCUUCAUAUGUUGCGAAGUGCAAAUACUUCGUAGUUCUCUGCCCCGCGCUGGCGCAUGCAGACCACAGAGUGACUCUCUCAUAUGAGACGUGGGCCGGAAGAGGCUGGUGCCGAGCCGAGAAGAUGGCUGUGGACCUUGCCGCCAGGAAUGACAGCUGCGCCAUCAUCAUCGAGAGCCAGACCCAUGCGAAGUUGCACUUUCAGCUUCUUAGGUCUCCUCCUGCGAUGGGAACGUUUUCCGUGGAGUCCGACAGGACGAGGAUCGGGCAGAUGCUCGUUCACAUGGUGUGGAACAAGCUGCUCUACUACCGGGAGGCAGGCGACAUGCACAACUACAGGCUUCUCUUGAACGAGCAGAAGUCACGCUGGUUCCAGGGUCUCAGCAUGGACCCGAUUGACGGUUUGGUCGAAGGUUUCGUGACAGAUGCCGACCCCUUCGAUCAGCCAGGGGAGUUUGAGCUGGCACGGUUCCUGCACCAGAACGGCUUCCGAAGUCCGCUAGAGAGGGACUCGGCUGGCUGGUCUCCGAUUUGCUUUGCUGUUGUGAAGGGCAGUGCGAAUUUGGUGCAAUCCUUGCUUGCUCGCCGAGCUGAUCCCAACGAUGCCAUCACCAAGGCCAAGAAGGAGCUGGCGAUGCCCAAACGCUUCUCGCUGCUUUCUCUGGCGGUGGUGUACCACAAUCAGGAUGUCCUGAUGACGCUUCUAUCGGCAAGGGCUUACGUUCAUGCGAGGGACGCACGACAGGCCACUGCUAUCAUGUGGGCAGCAGUGGCCAACGAUGCAAGCGGCAUCCGGUGCUUGUGCCAGGCAAGGGCCGAUCCUUCUGACUCUUGCAAUCCUGGUAUCAGCACACUUCAGGCGGCCUGCUCAUUCGCGUCUCUGGAUUCCAUGGCGGAGCUGAGAUCACAGGCUCCUUCCUUAAGCCUGAGGUUUUGCCUACACUAUGCUCUCAUGUUUCAGGGCGGCUUCUCCGAGCCCAUCAGUUUUCUGAUACAGGCGAGGGCAGACGUGAAUGAGAGGUUCGAAGCGGAGGGGAAGCUGUGGUGGUUGAUAAUGAAGCUCGAAAGCAUCCGGCACAAGUUCAACCCCUCUCGCUUGACCCUUUUGUCACAUCACCACGCUGGCGCAACACCACUGAUGUUUAGCAUCCUCAGUGGCUGCUUUGGCGUGGUUCCUCUCUUGCUUGCUGCAGGAGCCAGGCUGGAUGUUCGAAACUCCCGGAAGCAGACCGCAAGCGAUCUCGCCCUGGCCGUCCGAGCUCCCAGUGCCCUGCUCCAGCAGUUGCAGCAGGCCCCGAGUACUUUCGAGGAUCCUGGCUCGCCCGCGCCUGAGGAUACCUUCUUCAUCUAG